GAAGCAGCUUUUGCCAGAGGGCAGACUUUGACCACAUACCAUUGAGCGACUAUCACCCACCCACGAAUGCUCAGGAAAGUGAAGUAGUGUGCAGUUCACUCCAGUUCGGUGUCCACAAUCUCUAUAAUUUGACACAAACGGUGAUUAUUCUCGCAUUUUGGUCGUGAGAUUUAGAGGAGGCUGACGAGCAACUUGACAAGAUCCGCGACUGUUACAAGUCGGAUGUGAGGUGAGACGUUACAAAAUAUCGUUCAGUCCGAACGCUGUACUUCUACCUGACGUCACUAUGUCAAACACAGUUAGAAGAGAGAGGUCUUUGAGUGCCAUGAGCAUGCAAGGGAAGACGGUGUCGCCGAGUCACACAGAUGGGAUGAACUCGGCCAGAAUGGCAUGGACUGGUGAUGACAGCAAAACAAAAAACAAAACAACAACAACAACAACAACGGCUAAAGUGAUGCUGUGGUCUGCUCCAAGAUCGCUGUCCACUGUCUUUGAGCGGUCCAUCAUUGCCUUGGAUGGGUCUGAUGUCUAUAACGAGAUGUACACUGCAGCGUAUCUAUUCGGUCCGGAGCGAAGGUGGCUGAAGUUCAUACCGUCUCUAGCGCCUACGCUCUCCCACUCCCGCGUCAAGGAGAAACUGAAGAAAGCAUCACAGAAAAACCAGUCAGCCAGUGUGAUCUUCGCCAAGGAUUUCGGCUUCGCGGUGGCAGGGCAUCUCGAAGAUAUCCCCGAGGACUUUGUACACACCUUCUUGAUUCGGGAUCCUGUGAAGGUCUUCACGUCUCUGAAACCCCGCCUUGAGGCCUCUCGGAUAACCAAGAUGGUGGUCGGCACAGACAUCACCGGAUGCAUCCCGGCCGAUGGGUACACCAUCAAGGAACUCUACGAUCUGUUCGAGUACGUCGAGCACAAAUAUCGGAAGACACCCAUAGUCAUCGACGCGGACGAUCUCCUCAGUGACCCGGAGGGUAUGUUGAAACAGUAUUGCCUGGCCACUGGGAUCCCAUUCGAUGAGCAAAUGAUGCAUUGGAACCCGGCAAAGGUAGGGUCACUCAAGUGGCACUGUCCCCGUGUCCUGCGGGCCUCGAACCGCCUGAUGGGGUGGUACAAUGCCGCUCUGAACAGCUCCGGUUUCCGGAAGCCCACACCGAAAAAGAAAGUGGAAAUGUCAGAACUGCAGCCCGAUGUCAGAGAGGCCAUCGAAUUUACAACUCCUUACUACCAAGCCAUGUAUAAGAUGAGACUUCGACCAGAGGGGAGUGAAGACUCGAACUGAUUGGUUUGUGUAAGUUAACUAAAAUAAACACACAAAAAUGUGAACCAAUGCAAAAUGAGUAAUAGGCUUGAUGGAGCUACAAAAAUGCAGAAAAUGUGUGUUAUUUUGUGAAAACAGUUUAUGUAAAGUUAUGUCUAAACUCAAAGUUAAUACUACCAACCUUAAACAAGGUGCUAACUCUGACAAUACAAUGUCGCAUGUUCAUCAAUCGUUCUUGGUUUAUUUGUGAACACUGACAUUGGAAGUUGGGUUUUGACAGUAUGAAUAUUGUCUUAUGGUAAUAGUUACACGAACACCAGUGAAACAGAGACAAAUUGUUGCUUUGAACUUGAAAAAUCUACACUUUCUUGUCAAUGUGUCCAUAUGACAUCAACUAUUCCGUUUGUGAUGUAGGCACACAUGUCAUUGUUGCAUUUAAAUCAGGAAUGUACGUCCUUGCCCUUAAAAGGGCUUGCAUCAAUUGACAAAACUCAAUUGACGACAAGUACACUUUUACAGUAUUCGCAACAAACUUUCAGCCGAAAAAUUACCUCCAAAAUAUGAAGAUGACAGAUAUUGCAAAUUUUCAAAUAAUUUUGUUUGUCUAGUUAAAUGCCACAACGAAAGUCAGUGCACCAUUAGCCAAGUCCCCCUUCGUUCAAACCUUUCAACUAGGAGCUAGUUCCAGUUGCAAAAUGUCCACCAUGAUUUGGCACACGUCACAAUUCAUUGGCUAUGCUUAUCACAAGCUAACACAAAUCCGAGCAAACUCCAAAAUACCCAAACCGUUAUACGUUAUCAGCCAUCAUGUACAAGCCCCCUUCUUUACAGCAAAUGGCUAACUUAUUAAUUAGAUAUGCAAAUAUAAUUUGUGUCAAUACACUUUGUACAUCCUUCAGCAUCGGUCUAUCAAGCGCAUGUACAGAGAGCAAGUGGGGGAAAGGGUAAUAUAUGAAAAAGCUAAAGUAGCUUUUACAUAACAGAUUUGAAUUACCAAUUCACCUAGUUUAGCCAAAUUAGCAUAAGCUAAUUUGAUCAGCGCAUGUAUAUAGAAACCCUACGUCACAAUUAAAAUGCCGUUUACUCACAGAACGCCCCUGUAAGCUUAUCUUCUAAUUUGAUUUUGAGUCAGUUCAAGAUGUACUUUUCCAAAUUGGAUUGAGGGCAUGUCUUGAUACAGACGUUCGUAGGUAAUUAACUUAUCACUUGGCCCAAAGGAAGUGAUAUAGAACGAGAUAAACAUGAGUUAGAAAACCUCCGUAGUUUCAAGAAGGAUUUUUUUUAUUGACACUUAAGUUUAAGGGCGUGGCCAUCUUCAUUAUUCCAUUGAGCUCAGUGUAACCAAACCGAGGCUGAGAGGAAAUGCAGUCUAGUACCUUGACGACUUAAUAAUUUUCACAAUGGUUAAUGCUAAUCAAAUUAAGAUUUGCCUUGCGGAAUACUAUAGUUAGCUGGUAGACUUGUGGACAUUCUAAUCGGGUAAAAUGUCAUAAUUCAUCCACAAAAUGAUCAAAAUACGACUAUUAGCUUUUUAUGAGGUAUGGCGGACACCAUCGGAGUGCACUGUUUUGUUUUGGUAAUAAAAUACACAAACACAUCCACCCAAACCUAAUAGUGUUGUAGUAUUGUGUCCACCAUUAUCUAAAAAUGGCUUCCACAUUCCGAUUCUAGUUGUUUUUGAUUUGUAUUGUGCUGCAGAAUUCCUUGAAUACUUUGUAGUCGCUCGAAGAAUAGCCUUGGCCAUCAGUUAGUAAACCACAAAUAAUCGUAUUGACCCUAACCCCACUGUUAUUACAAUUUGACUCUUCCUAUGACUUGCAUGGCUUAUCGCCAUUUAAACCUUCACCCAAAGGAAGGUCUACUUAAUCGAUAACGGUUUGAAAAGUUCAGGAGUGUACUGGUUGUAGAACAGCAAUAUUAAACUGUGACGUCGUGAUGUAUGCCAUUGAUGGUUCAAGCAUGGUUGUUUUCAAUUAAGCUUACAUAGCUUUUUUUUCUUCAAAAAAAACCCCCCAAAAACCUGUGUUGGCCCAAUUUCGUUUUCAUUACAUUGAAUAUGGGCAAUUCCCACAUGUGUUUUUUUGAGAAAAGGCCAAUACCUAUUUUUCAAAUAAACCGUUAGUGCUUGUUUUUUUCUGUUAUUUGUUCAUAGGACGAACUGGGAUAGCCAUUUCAGCCAGAAUAUCUUACUCAUGCCUGUAUGCCAUAUUCCAGGUUAUGAAAACGACAGUUGGAACCCUCAAAUAUGUACACUAUCUGCCCACUAUAUCGCGGACUUUGUGACAAACAUGUCUAUGUGACAAACAUGUUUAUAAAAGUAGAAUACCAUCCAUCUACAACAAUCCAAUGGAAAAUAUAAAAAAGUAUCCAUGGGCAACUAUAAAUACUGCCCUGAACUUAAAAGGCUGAUGAAUAAACCCCAGAGGCAAUGGGUUCUGCCCUGGUAAUUUAUUCGUAUACCUUCAACAAAGCUCUGUCACGGUUUUAUUUCAGAAGUUAGUCUAUAAACUAACCAACGCAUAUAGAUGACUUGUGGUAUUAUUUGUAAGCCUAGUCUAAGCCCGUAUAUUAUACACGGUAGAAAAUACUGUCUGUUAACAUUAUACAUGUAAAAGUACUCUCGCAAUCUUCUAUUGUGAAUUCAUAAUUCUGCAGCACUGUGUUGUUUACCCUUCCAGACACCCCUUCCAGACACGGUGUCUGGCGUAAACACAAACACUGCAUUCGUAGUUAUGCCAAUAGCUAAAUAUUGUUAGUUUGUGGCUGACAAUAUUUGAAUGACAAAAUGUGUCCUAUUUUUUUGGUAAAAUUUUUUCCAAGAUAAUAUUUUAUUCGUGUUGGUGUGUUUUGUGAGAAUAGUUCAGUUAAUAUAUUUUACUCGUUAUUGUGGCCAGUAAAAGUAUCUACCUAGCCGUUAUUCUGUGUGCCUAUAUAUUUAUGUGUUUGAUUGGGUUUCCAGAUUGGAAUAAAGUUAGAUAAAGAUUGCAAACUGUGUUUCAUCCAAGACACAAUGUGCACACGGAUAAAUAAAUGUACAAAAAAACCAAUUAGGCUAGGCCUAUUAAUAUUAUGUUGUUAUAUCUGUGUGUAAACUGGCUUUGUUCGAUCCAAACACACAAUUUUAAUCUCAGAUACUUUACUUGAAAUUUUGUUUUAUUUUUGAAAAAUAUCCACUUAUAAGUAGGUUACUAUUAUUGUAAGAAGAAGAAGGCAUAUUUAAGUUUGAUAUUUAAAGUAUUUUUUAUUCAUUAUUCUUUUAAAGCUGUCUCUAAUUUUAUUGCAUGACAUUACGUUCCCCCGUAAUUGAAUUAUGGAACUAGGACCAGCUUUCGGUAAACACGGUACUCUUUUAUUUAUAAAUUGUUGUUCUGGAUGUGUUGUUGUUGUUGUUGUGUUUAUUAAGAUGUUGUUUAUUUCAUUUCCUCGUUGCCAGUUUAAAUCUUUUUCUUCGAUUUGGUUGUGGUAAGAAAACGAAAGUAACUGUAGGCUACUUAGUUAGUAAAUGAAACCAUUGAGUUAUGAGUUGGUUAUCUCAUAAAUUUGUACAUGUUAGGGUUUUCCUCCCUCCGAUUACAAUAAUUAUUAUUUAUCAGUUUUCUCAGAUCAAUUUUCUUGACUUCUCAUCUCACCUUGUGGUUUCUGUAAAUAUUUGCUGUCAGUAUAUAUUUGAAAAUAAAUUGUUGUUUAUGUGAUAAUGUAUUGUUUAUGUGUGGAGAAGUGUUCAGAUGAGCAUAUUAUACAUAUCUAGAUCUAUGUUGUUUUGUGAUUGUGCCGAAAUUCAAGAGAGAUGAAUGAGCUAGGUGAAGCUCCCUGUAAACACAGUUAGAAAGGAAGAUAAGUUGUCACUUCGUUGGGACCACACCAUUGUUUUGCCCGCCGUGGUUAACUUAAUGGGCGUUUUCAAAAUCACGUUUCACUCUCAAGCUCCGUGCUGUUUGGUUGCUGAAGCACUGUUUGGUUGCUGAAGCACUGUACAAAGUGCCACUGCUCCAAAUCUCGUUGAAGUAGUCCAACCUUAGUUUGUCAUGGUGGAAAAUAAAGGAGUGCACUGUUUGGUUAAGGUGUUUACAGACUUUACCCAAACCAUGAGUCUUGUGUCAACCAUAGCUCAAUUUAGCUUAUGGAACUGAGUUGAAGAAAACCAACAUGGCUGCAUUUUGAUUAACGUCUCUUGAGGCACCCACUUAAUUGGUGCAUUAUCACGGCGUUUGCCGUCAUCAGUUAUUGCAUCCCAAGUAAUAAUAUGAUUUCAGCAGAUGGUGUAUUAAUGAAUCAAUAAAUUUUGAUGACGUCUGUGCUGUGUUUCAUAAGUCAACAAUGUCCCACUCUGGCACUGAUAAUUGUUUGCCAUAGAGUGAGUCUAAGCACUUACUUUUUCUAAUGGAAAUUACCUGAGGCCGAGCUCUGAACGUUGUUUAGUUAUUUCGUUAAAGAAAGUGAAAUGCAGUAAUUAUUAAAUUCAAUUCAGCUGAACAAAAUUGAAUUGCCUCACCCCUAUUGUUAACCUUUUGUUUAAUAUAUGACUUCGUUAUGCAACCUUAAAUACAUUGUGUUCUUUAAAAAAAUAUAUAUAUUAACAAGAAUCCUUUCUUUUAUGGUAAUGAGUUAUGUUAAUGGGUUAUGUAAAUUAAUUAGCACACUAUGUAUGACGGCCCAUUCAUUGUUCUUUCAAACACUUGGAGCCUGAUUGGAGUAAAUAUUAUUCGUGAUUAAUUCCUUGAAAAAUAAACUUUACGUGUAGA